AUGAAUAGGCUUUGGGCUUCCUGUGGAUCGAUUAUUUGGUACAAGAAUCCCUGAAAUCUUUUAUAAAAAUCGAAAAUGAAUUAUCGAGUGUUCCGAUUUCUCAGCCAUGUACGACAGCCGUUCUCUCGCUCAAUCCAAACCACUCCUACACGUUCUCAAGAUUAUAAAAUAGUCCAAGUAGGCGAAGCUGAAGAUUUUAUCCAUCGCUGCAUGACCAAGGUUGGAACAUCUAGUGAGCACGCCGUUCAACUUGCUAAAGUCUUGAUUUCAGGGGAUGUUAGAGGACACUUUAGCCAUGGACUUAAUAGAUUAGAGAUGUACGUUCAUGACAUUGAGGUUGGUACGACGAUCAGUCAGGGUGAACCAAAGGUCGUGAAGGAAAGCCCGGCAACUGCUUUGGUUGAUGGGAACAACUUGCUUGGACCGGUUGUUGGUAACGUUUGCAUGGAUAUUGCCAUCAAAAAAGCCAAAGAAGUAGGCAUUGCAUGGGUAGCAUGUAAAGGUUCAAAUCACUAUGGUAUUGCAGGAUGGUAUACUUUGCGAGCCUUAGAACAUGGAUUAAUUGGGAUUAGUGUCACUAACACGUCGCCAUUGGUUGUGCCGACCAGAGGGAGAGAGGUUACUCUAGGAACAAAUCCAAUAUCUGUGUCUGCACCAGGGAGGAGUGGGGAUAGUUUUGUCCUAGACAUGGCAACAUCCGCUGUAGCUCUUGGAAAGAUUGAGAUGAACAAGCGCAAGAAUGAACCAAUACCACGUGGAUGGGGUGUAGAUAAUAAGGGUUUGGAAACGUUAGAUCCUCUUGACGUACUUGACCGAGGAGGUGGACAGUUGCCUCUGGGUGGCACAGAGCUAACAAGUGGAUACAAGGGAUAUGGUUUGGCCAUGAUGGUAGAAGUACUGUCAGGCGUGUUGGCUGGUAGUGCUAUUGGUCCUGAUAUUCGUCGCUGGAAGGGUGAUGACAGAAUCGCUAACUUGGSCCAGUGUUUUGCUGCUAUCAAUCCUGCCAUGUUUGAGACUGGUUUUGAAGACAGGAUGCAGGGUCUUAUUGAUCACUGCAGAAGGAUGAAACCAGCAGAAGGUGAAGACCAGGUACUGGUUGCUGGUGACCCUGAAAGAAUCCACAUGAAGAAAGUCGAACAAGAGGGAGGCAUUCGUUACCAUGUAAACCUGCUGGCAUCUUUGGACAACCUCGCUGAUAAACUCAGUGUUCAACGAAUGGCAACAAAAGAGAGCGCCAAUUAAUGAGCCUAAGAUGUCAAUACCACGUGAUUGUUGGACGAUCACGUGACUGGUGGAGGGAUAGUUGCCAGCAUAUAGGGUGACGUGUAGAUUAGACAUUUUCAAAUUCACAUUCAAGUAGUGUUUUAUAAUCGUUCAGGGUAGUUAGUGAUAGAUACAUAGCCUAUUAUAUCAUGGCUUUAUAUUUUCACAAUAUAAACCUCUUAUUCAAACUUUCGUUAAAUAAUAAUCCCUUUUCUAAUAUUCCUCUUCACAGUUCCCUGCGCCAUCUUGAAAGGUAGCCGUGCCUUUGCAUCGAAGCGAGACGAACGGUGUGCAUGCAAAGUUAGGGACCUUUUUUCAACACCUUGGACAGUUAUUCGCAUGUCUCUAUCAUUGCAAGCUCACCGUUUGUCUCGCUUCGAUGCAAAGGCACGGCUACCUUUCAAGAUGGCGCAGGGAACUGUGAAAGGACUAUUCGGUAAAUACCGCUUUGUUUUACAACUAYAUUUGCGGAAGUCAUCCGUAAUGUAAAAAAAUGCGCAAGUCGAACAAUACCAAUGUUUUGAAAUCCCACAGACUUUUAAUGGUAUCUGUGAAUAGCUGACUUAUAAAUGAAGCCUGUGCAAAUGAGUCUGUAGUCUUCAAAAACAGCCGUAUGCAUCGAAUACGAACCUGGUGUAUUGGUAAUCAAUGAUGAAAGUGAAGUAGUGAGCUCAUCUCUCUAAGGUCUCCACUCGUGAGGAGAGUCUGUUGGGUAUCUUGUUUGAUUCGAGAGUCUUUUUUAAUUAUAGGGUUAGUUAUUUUUGUAAUGAGAUUUUUGAUGAGGGCUAUAGCGGGUUAGACGUUAAUAGAGCGUUUUCACGUGACGUCACAGCGGCCAUUAUGGGGUACCAAAACAAUACAUUUUCUAUCCUCCUGGAAUAGCGCAGCGCAGCCGUGACGUCAUCAAUACGAAGACAAAGGCGAAAU